GCUUGUCUAAUUGAAUGUCUUCUACAGAUGCUUUAGUUUAAUGUUCCAUCCUGCCUUUUGUGCAGCAAUACGAUAGCUCUAUGAGAAUUGUAUGACAUUAGAGGCUUUUUGCUUCAUAUACUUAUAAAAAUUUACCAACAGAUUGUUUCUUUUGGCUGCUAGAAAUUUUGUGCAACUUAUCAUUUGAUGUAGAUAUUCAACCUACCAAGCUUCAAAUGAUUCACAAAGUUAAUUCUCAAUAACUCCAAGUCCUCAGAAAACUACAAAAGACUAAUUUCAACCAGAGAUAGGAAGUCUUUUUGUUCUUGCAAAGUCCCAUUUAGAGUUUAAAAGAGUUUUUUAGGGAGUUUUUAGAAGAGUUUUUCAUGAGUUUUCUCCAUGGGUAAGUUUAGUAGAAUCAUUAUGAUCAUUUUGACUAUUUUUCUUUUUCCUGUCAUUGCACAAGCACCUUCUCCACCAAAAGCUGGUUCUGGUAUUCCACAAAACUUCACCAUUGUUAUUGGAAUCCUCUCCAUCAUGUUCUCCAUGGUCUUCAUCCUUGUUGUUUAUGCAAAAUUCUGUCACCCGACUUCCCAUUUUCGUGGCGAACCGCAAGCUCAUCUCGGGCAUGGACUUCUCAGAUCAGACUCAAGAUUUUCUGGGGUUGAUCAAAAGGUGAUUGAUGCACUUCCUUUCUUUAGAUUCUCAUCACUCAAAGGAUCAAGGGAAGGGCUGGAAUGUGCUGUUUGCUUAUCCAACUUUGAGGACAUUGAAGUCCUUCGGUUGCUUCCGAAAUGCAAGCAUGCCUUUCACAUUGGCUGUAUUGACCAUUGGCUCGAAAAGCACUCGAGCUGUCCCAUUUGUCGGUGUAGGAUAGGUGUCGAGGACAUUGCAUUCUUUAAAUCUAACAGUAUAAGACUAAUCAGGAACAACAGCCGGUCAGAGCUGCCACAAGAUUCACGCAUAGAGCUCUUCGUGCAGAGAGAGGAAAAUCAUCAUAACUCUUCAAGGUCCAACAACGGAACCAGCUUCAGGAACAUAGGAAAAGGUAACAAGGAAAAAGAAGUAUUGAUCGAAAAUGAAGCUGGUGAAUGCGAAAGUGAGGAGCGAGUGCUUUUUCACAAGCAUAAACACAAGAUUCUUGUAUCUGACUUUGUUUUCAUGAACAGAUGGAGCAACUUGAGUUCUUCUGACCUUGUGUUCUUGAACACAGAAAUGCUUGGGGUCAUGUCCAGCAAUAGAUUCUCUUCUUUAGAUUCAGAAAGCAUUAGCCAAUCAGCAACAAGAGAAAAAGAAGGCAAAAAGACUUCACAAAUUAAGGAGGAGAUGGAAAUGAAGAGAUCAUUCGAGAGGAGGAUAAGCAUAGCUGAGAAAAAUAGCUUAGUUUCAAUCUCAGGCAUUUCUUCUACAUCAUCAGAUUCUAAUGCAAGUACAUCAAGGACAACAAUUCUUAAUGAAAGAAGAUCUGUCUCAGACACCACUGCUUUUUCAAGAUUUGGUUAUUUUAAUGAGAAUGCAACAAGAGACAGUUCUAUGAUUGAAGCUGAUGCAAAAAGUUUCAGAAUUAGGCAGCUAUGGUUGCCAAUAGCUAGAAGAACAGUGCAAUGGUUUGCCAAUAGGGAACAAAGGUUUCGACUGUCAAAGUACACACAGCAGCCAGAUGCAUAGACAGAAUGAAUUUCAAGGGUUUGUAAUCCUUGUUUAAAAAUAUAGUCAUUUGAUUCGUUUCUAAUCAUGUAAAAUGGAUCUUUUGUUCUUUUUUCUUUUGGGUGUUGUUACAGAGAUGAGAGGCUGCUGUCUUCUAAUCCAAAAGUUUGAGUUAUUUUGGUGACUUUCUUAAAUGUAAACACGAACCCCAUUUAGUCAUAAGUGACUAAAAUGGUUAAUCUUUUUGUCA